GAGGAGAGAGCUCAAAGAGGGGACCCCACAGGGAGGCCAUAGACCAAGUCAGGGCAGCGCCCCCCAUGGGGGGAGCCCCUUCCUGGGGCCGGCGGAGCCAUGCUGUCCCGAAAGGGCAUUAUCCCUGAGGAAUAUGUGCUGACCCGGCUGGCAGAGGACCCUACAGAGCCCAGGUACCGUGCUCGGGAGAGGAGGGCCCGCUUCGUGUCCAAGAAAGGCAACUGCAACGUCGCCCACAAGAACAUUCGAGAGCAGGGCCGCUUCCUGCAGGAUGUGUUCACCACGCUGGUGGACCUCAAAUGGCCCCACACGCUCCUCAUUUUCACCAUGUCCUUCCUGUGCAGCUGGCUGCUCUUCGCCAUGGUCUGGUGGCUCAUCGCCUUCUCCCACGGUGACCUGGCCCCCGGAGAGGGCACCACUGUGCCCUGCGUCACGAGUAUUCACUCCUUCUCGUCUGCCUUCCUCUUCUCCAUCGAGGUCCAGGUGACCAUUGGUUUCGGCGGGCGCAUGGUGACGGAAGAGUGUCCCCUGGCCAUCCUUAUUCUCAUCGUGCAGAAUAUCGUAGGGCUAAUGAUCAAUGCCAUCAUGCUGGGCUGCAUCUUCAUGAAGACGGCGCAGGCGCACCGGAGAGCAGAAACCCUCAUCUUCAGCAAGCAUGCUGUGAUCACCCUGCGUCAUGGCCGCCUCUGCUUCAUGCUUCGGGUGGGGGACCUCCGCAAAAGCAUGAUCAUCAGUGCCACCAUCCACAUGCAGGUGGUGCGCAAGACCACCAGCCCCGAGGGUGAGGUCGUGCCUCUCCACCAGGUGGACAUCCCCAUGGAGAAUGGCGUGGGCGGUAACAGCAUCUUCCUGGUGGCCCCGCUCAUCAUCUACCACGUCAUCGACUCCAACAGCCCUCUCUACGACCUGGCUCCUAGUGACCUGCACCACCACCAAGACCUGGAGAUCAUUGUCAUCCUGGAAGGCGUAGUAGAAACCACAGGCAUCACCACCCAGGCCCGCACCUCCUACCUAGCUGACGAGAUUCUAUGGGGGCAGCGCUUUGUCCCCAUUGUGGCUGAGGAGGACGGCCGGUAUUCUGUGGACUACUCCAAAUUUGGUAACACCGUCAAAGUGCCCACACCACUCUGCACAGCCCGCCAGCUUGAUGAGGACCGCAGCCUGCUGGAUGCCCUGACCCUCGCCUCUACGCGAGGGCCCCUGCGCAAGCGCAGUGUAGCUGUGGCGAAGGCCAAGCCCAAGUUUAGCAUCUCUCCGGAUUCCCUGUCCUGAGAUGCGGUUCCUCAGG